AAAAACAGGGCUGGAUGGAAAAAAAGAAAAAGGUUUCCUUGAAUGGGUAACGUCUAAGAUGGCACUUAGGUGACAGGGAUCCAGUCAUGUAACCAUCUGGAAGGAAAACUUCCCUUGCAGAGAUGAGAACUAGAAGACCCCCAGGCAGGAACAGGCUUUACAUAAUAGACAAAGACCAGGACAGCUAGAAAGGAAUCAGCCAGAGAGAAUGGUACGAGAUGUGGUCAGGGAGGUAGGCUAGGGCCAGACUACAGAUUUUAUAGGUCAUGACGGAGUUUGAUUUUUCUUCUAGAAGUAAUAGGAAUGUAUCGGGUGAGGUUUGAGAAGAGUAACAUAGCUUGAUUACCUUUUAAAACAAUUCCUAUGGCUGCUGUGCAGAGAAUGAACUUUGGCCAAGGAAGAGUGGAAGCAGGGGGAUUAUUGCAAGAGAUUAAAAGCUAUAGAGAUAAUUCAGGUGACACAUGGUGGUGGCUUGGAACAGGGUAGAAGUAGAGGAUGUGGGGAGAUGUGGUUGGAUGCUGGGUUUACUUUGAAGGUAGAGCCAAGAGGACUUGCCAAUAGACCACAUUUUCUUCUGCUCCUUUGGCCCUGGGAACUCCAUACACACACUCUAGUUGGCUCCUCUAUCCUCACUGGGGGUCUGGGUUACAGAGGCAGACCCCAGGGACCCAGCUAAAUUGCAAAGUUUCCAGGAUCAAACAAAGAAAUUUAAGACUCAGGCGUUGUAUUCUCCAUGAACUGUCUCCACUUUCCAUUUAAUGGGAGGGGACUCUGCCUGUUGUCUCCCUUACUCGAUCUAGCCUGGCUUCUAUACCCCUAGUUACUCAUUAAGACAUUUGUUUAUCCAAAUAGGGGCCCUUAGGGUGUAUUGGUGACACCAAAAACAGUCCCGGGGGUGGUGGUGUUUGUAUCUGAUACAGAGUAGGGGGCAGGAUCAUCUGUUGGUCUCAGUCUUCAGACCCAGGCCAGUGACUUACUCAUGUUAAUUUACACAAAACACAGUGGGGUCAGACGUGAUCCCACAGAAAAUGCACACAACAUUUUUGCCCCAGGCUGGGCAUUUCUUUAGAGCCUGGGAAAGAUCAGGCUAGUCUUACAAACAUUCUCAGGCAGCAAGGGCUGGGGAAAGCAAGCAGGAAAGGGGAUUACCCAGUUGGUUCUGGAGUCAGCAGGCCCUGCUCUGUUUGUGUUGUGCUGCAUGGAGGGUGGGGGUACAUUAUAAAUGCAGCCAGCCAGAGGGCCCCUGGCUCAAAACCUAGGACUCAAAACCUAGGACUGCACCAUCUCUGGGAGUCUGUGCAAGCCUCCCCAAGAUGAAGCUGCCAGGCCAGGAAGAGUUUGAAGUCUCCAGUGCUUGUGAAAAUGUGCCCACAGGAGAGCUGGAGAAUGGCCCUGGCUCUUGCCCCAGCCCUGACGGCACCUCAGACAAAGACAGAGGGGAUCGGGGGGUACCCACGGACCCUCUGCUCUUCAUUCAGCUGAAUGAACUUCUGGGCUGGCCCCAGGCACUGGAGUGGAGAGAGACAGGCAGGUGGGUGCUGUUUGAGGAGAAGCUGGAGGUGGGUGCAGGCCGGUGGAGUGUCCCUCACGUGCCCACCCUGGCACUGUCCAGCCUUCAGAAGCUCCGCAGCCUACUGGCCGAGGGCCUUGUGCUGCUGGACUGUCCAGCUCAGAGCUUCCUGGAGCUCGUGGAACAGGUGACAAGAGUGGAGUCGCUGAGCCCAGAGCUGAGAGGGCAGCUGCAGGCCUUGCUGCUGCAGAGACCCCAGCAUCUCAUCCAGCCCACAGGCACCAGGCCCUGCCAGGGGUCUGCUCAUCCAAGAGAGGCUUCUCACAAUGAGGAAGCCCCGCUGAAGGAACAGCGUCAGAACCCUCUGAGACGGAAGCUGCCUCCAGGGGCUGAGGCAGGGGCUGUGCUGGCAGGAGAGUUGGGCUUCCUGGUACGGCCCCUGGGGGCCUUUGUACGACUGCGGGAUCCAGUGGUGUUGGGGCCCCUCACUGAGGUGCCCCUUCCCAGCAGGUUUUUCUGCCUCCUCCUUGGUCCCUCCACACUGGGAAGGGGCUAUCAUGAGAUGGGCCGGGCCAUGGCCGUCCUCCUCAGUGACCGGCAAUUCCAGUGGUCAGUUCGUCGGGCCAGCAGCCUUCAUGACCUUCUGGCAGCCUUGGAUGCCUUCCUAGAGGAGGUGACAGUGCUUCCUCCAGGUCGGUGGGACCCGACAGCCCGGAUCGCCCCACCCAAAUGUCUGCCUUCCCAGCACAAAAGGCUCCUCUCACAACUGAGGGAGGUCAAGAGCCCAUCUGCCCAGCAUGGGGCCCUGGCUGAGGACAGACAUGGUCACUGGCCACAUGCGCCCAGCCCAGAGUUACAGCGGACAGGCAGGCUGUUUGGGGGCCUUGUCCAGGAUGUGCGUCGGAAGGCCUUGUGGUACACCAGUGACUUCCUGGACGCGCUGCAUCCCCAGUGCUUCUCGGCUGUGCUCUACAUCUACCUGGCCACCAUCACUAACGCCAUCACUUUUGGGGGUCUGCUGGGGGAAGCCACCGAUGGUGCUCAGGGGGUGCUGGAAAGUUUUCUGGGCACUGCAGUGGCUGGAGCUGCUUUCUGCCUGAUGGCUGGCCAGCCCCUCACCAUCCUCAGCAGCACGGGGCCAGUGCUGGUCUUUGAACGCCUGCUCUUCUCCUUCAGCAGAGAUUACAGCUUGGACUACCUGCCUUUCCGCCUAUGGGUGGGCAUCUGGGUGGCCACCUUUUGUCUGGCACUAGUGGCCACAGAGGCCAGCGUGCUGGUACGCUACUUUACCCGCUUCACCGAAGAAGGCUUCUGUGCCCUCAUCAGCCUCAUCUUCAUCUACGAUGCUGUGGGCAAAAUGCUGAGCUUGACCAGUGCCUAUCCCAUCCAGAGCCCUGGCUCUCCUGCCUACGGCUGCUUUUGCCAGUACCCAGACCUGGGAGGAAAUGAGUCUCAGUGGAAGAAGACAGAACCAAAAGACAGAGAUGACAUCUCAAGCAUGGACCUAGGCCUGGUCAAUGCCUCCUUGCUGCCCCCACCUGAGUGUGCCCGACGGGGAGGCCACCCUCGUGGUCCCGGCUGUCAUACAGUCCCAGACAUCGCCUUCUUCUCUGUCCUCCUCUUCCUUACUUCUUUCCUCAUAGCCACGGCCCUCAAGCAUGUAAAGACAAGCCGCUUCUUCCCCUCUGUGGUGCGCAAAGUGCUCGGUGACUUCUCCUCAGUCCUGGCCAUGCUGCUGGGCUGUGGCCUCGACUCCUUCCUGGGUCUAGCCACACCAAAGCUCAUGGUGCCCGGCGAGUUCAAGGCACUGGAAUGCUUUCAACCAGUUGUACAUGCACACAUACUGCUCCCACCUACCACCCAGGGUCUUGGAACUGGGCCCACACUCCCUGGGCGUGGAUGGCUGGUGUCACCUUUUGGAGCCAACCCCUGGUGGCUGAGUGUGGCAGCCGCCCUCCCUGCUCUGCUGCUGUCUAUCCUUAUCUUCAUGGACCAGCAGAUCACAGCGGUCAUCCUCAACCGUGCCGAAUAUAAACUGCAGAAGGGAGCUGGCUUCCACCUGGACCUCUUCUGUGUGGCUGUGCUGCUGCUGCUCACAUCAGUGCUUGGGCUGCCCUGGUAUGUCUCAGCCACAGUCAUCUCCCUGGCCCAUAUGGACAGUCUUCGGAGAGAGAGCACAGCUUGUGUCCUGGGGGAACCCCGCAGCUUCCUGGGCAUCAGGGAGCAGAGGCUGACAGGCCUGGUGGUGUUUAUCCUCACAGGAGCCUCCAUCUUCCUGGCACCUGUACUGAAGUUCAUCCCGAUGCCUGUGCUCUAUGGAAUCUUCCUGUACAUGGGAGUGGCAGCGAUUAGCAGCAUCCAGUUCACAAAGAGGGUACAGCUAUUAUUGAUGCCAGCAAAACACCAGCCAGACCUCCUCCUCUUGAGACAUGUGCCUCUGAGCAGGGUCCACCUCUUCACAGCUAUCCAGCUUGCCUGCCUGGGUCUGCUUUGGAUAAUCAAAUCUACUCCUGCAGCCAUCAUCUUCCCCCUCAUGUUGCUGGGCCUGGUGGGGGUCCGAAAGGCACUGGAGUGGGUCUUCUCACCACAGGAACUCCUUUGGCUGGACGAGCUGAUGCCAGAGAAGGAAAGGAACAUCCCUGAGAAGGGACUGGAGCCAGAGUACUCACUUAGUGGUGACACUGAAGAUUCAGAGCUGAUGUAUCAGCCAAAGGCUCCAGAAAUCAACAUCUCUGUGAAUUAGCUGGAGUAGGAGGAAUUUGGGAGUAGAGACUCCAGGAAACUGAGCAUGAGGUGAGGAUGUGAGGGAAGUGCCCCUGGAGUCAGGGAUGGGGAAGUGUGCGCUCAGACCUUGGAAACUUCCAGUGUGCUGGCUAGCCUGUUUUGCCUUCAUGUUCCAGUCCCUCAUGAACCCCAAAGUAGAGGAGGGAAUAGAACGGUCUCCCCAGAGG